GACUGGGAGGGCAACAUGCGCUUCGCAGAGUACAGCCAUUUUGCUCUGAGCAAUGAAUUCAAUAGCUACCGCCUCUUCCUGGGGAACUACAGUGGCAAUGUGGGCAAGGAUGCCCUCCUCUACCACAACAACACCGUCUUCAGUACCAAGGACAAGGACAACGACAACUGCUUGGACAACUGUGCCCAGCUCCGCAAAGGAGGAUACUGGUACAACUGCUGCACCGACUCCAAUCUCAACGGGGUAUACUACCGCCUAGGGGAGCACAGGAAGCACCUGGAUGGCAUCACCUGGUAUGGCUGGCAUGGGGCCACCUACUCCCUCAAACGGGUGGAGAUGAAGAUCCGCCCCGAAGCCUUCAAGCCCUGA